UGCUAUGAGAUGUGUCCCUUAAAUAGAUGGGAAAGCAUAGCUAUAAAAGGGUUACUGUACUGCUGUCCUGUGUGAGUAGAUUGUGUAUGUGAGGCUGAGGGAACAGUACUGUGCUCUCUGCUGCAGGAGGUACUGAGGGCCUUCUAUAGAGACUGCCGUGUUAAACCAUUUCGGUGUAGCCUGAAGCUACCUACCCCACAGCACUGGAGCAAAGUCCACUGCCAGCUGCCCCCAACCACGGCAUCCUCAGGAUGAGGUAUUUUAACCCUGGCCGUCGUUCUGCACGCUCCCUGAGGCCCACACGUGCUGUGCGCUUCCCACACGAUAUAGUUUUCCAGGACCAUAUCAGACAGGGAGAUCUGGAACAAAUUGGGAGAUUUAUACGGGCUCGAAAAGUGACACUGGAUACCAUUUAUCUAUCAGGUAUGGCUGCCCUGCAUGAAGCUGUGCUCUCUGGAAAUCUGGACACUGUGAAGUUAUUGGUGAAAUAUGGAGCGGACAUCGAGCAAAAAGAUGAGAAUGGCUGGACACCCUUGCACAUGGCAUGUAGUGAUGGACACGUGCAUAUUGCCAGGUAUCUUCUGUCUCUUGGAGCAAGGCAAGAUAUUCUGAAUGAUGAUGGAGAAAAGCCAUCUCAGCUUAUAGACCCGGACUGCAAGGAAUUGGUCCAGCUCUUUACACCAGAGGGGGUGAUUGAGUGCCACCAGAAGUGACACCAAGGCCUAGGAUAAGAAUGACUGUGGGAUAAACCCCCCCCCCAUAAAAUGGCCGCUGUAGAAUCCUUGAGUGCUCACCCAGUGGACAUGAACUGGAGAAGGUUACUCUAGCUUGUUUGGAUUUAACCUUUUCUAGUGCCACAGGAACGUGCCCAGCCCAGGCCACUUCUGGUGACACAGACAGACACUGGAUGUUGAACUGUCCUAUCACAGAUGUAUAAUGGUGUCUGUGUAUUACAAGUCAAUAAACACAAAAAUAUGCAUAAAAACAUUACUACAGGAGGGGUCCACCUGGCAACCCCACUGUGACUGGACUUAGUCUGAACAUGGGGAACAUUUGCCCCGAUUACUUUUUAAAGGAAUUUGGAUUCAUCAUAAUGUUUCUCUGGAUGCAGAGUACUCUAUGUUAAUGUGCAGGACACUAUAUAUUACUGUGAAUAGAGUGAUACAUAAAUGGAUAUCCGUGCACACAAAAUAACAUCUAAAAAUCAGUCAAAUUUGCCACAGUAAAAAAACUGUGCACACAGAAAUGUAGCAUAGUGUGACUGUGAUGUGUACACAUUCAAGACCAGUGUGUGACAUGCAGUAGACUGUGUGCAAAGAGAAAGAGUAUGAAAUGUAGUUGUGUGGGACCCAGAACAGUGUGUGAGGUGUAGUGGAGUGUGUCUGUGUAAGGGUCAGAGCAGUGUGUGAGGUGUGUAAGACUCAGAAGUGUGUAAAGUGUAAUGGUGUGUCCGUGUAAAGGACAAGAGCAGUCUGUAAGGUGUAGUAGUGUGAGUGUGUAAGGGCCAAAGCAGAGUGUGAGGUGUGUACAGAGGCUGUGUUUCUAAAAGUGGGGGGCAGAGGUGUGUGUGUGUUAGGGUAAGAGGAGUGUGUGAGUUGUAAUGAUGUGUGUGUGAGAACCAAAGCAGUGCGUGAGGUGCAGUGUUUUGUGUGUGUGUGUCAGGACCAGAGCACUUUGUGAGGUGUAAUGGAGUCUGUGUGUAAGACUCAGAGCAGUGUGUGAGGUAUGGUGGUGGUGUGUGUAUGUGUGUCACAAUAAGAGCAGUGAGUGAAAUGUAGUGGUGUGUGUAAAGGCUGUGACACACUGCAAGCAGAGCGACGCGCAGCAUGUAGAUGCAGCUGUGCGCGCUCAGUGUGUCUUGCCUUUUCAUCUCUGAGCAAUCUGCUGCAUCAGUUCGCGUAGCUAAGCGCUCAGAGAUGAAAUAUUUGAACUUCAGAAGCGAUGCGACGCGGAGCGAAGCAGCUGCAUCGCCCCGCACCGCAUCGCUUGCAGUGUGUCACGGGCUUAAGACUGAGAGCAGUGUGUGAGGUGUAGUGGUGUGUGUGUCACAACAAAAGCAGUGUGUGUCACAACAAGAGAAGUGUGUGAGGUGUAGGGGUGUGUGUAUGAGGCUCAGAGCAAUGCGUAAGUAUAGGGGUGUGUGUGUGAGAAAAGCUCAAAGCACUUGAAAAGGGAGCUAGUUCUAUCCUGCAAGGGCUCACACAGUCACAAACCCCUUUAUAUUGUACACAAGCAGACUGUAACCAUGUUGCUUUAUAUCAAACAUCAGGAUGUGUGUGGAGCAAACAAGCACAUUAAAGGAACAAAACUGUUAAGGCUGUGACACACUGCAAGCGGAGCGACGCGCAGCGUGUAGAUGCAGCUGUGCGCGCUCAGUGUGUCCUGCCUUUUCAUCUCUGAGCACUCUGAUGCGUCAGGUCGCGUAGCUAAGCGCUCAGAGAUGAAAUAUUUGAACUUCAGAAGCGAUGCGACGUGGAGCGAAGCAGCUGCUUUGCCUAGCGCCGCAUCGCUUGCAGUGUGUCACAGCCUUUAAUUUUUUUAUGCAUGCACAAUAUAUAUCAGCAAAUAAUCACUGCAUUACAGUAAAAUAUAAAAUUAUUUUUUUUUGUAUGAGCAACAUUGGCCAAUAAUGCACCUCUGGAAAAACCUGAUCUAAUUAAAAUAUUUGGUCUUCUUUGCAGUGGCCAAUCAGAGGCUGUUGUAGAGUAACAUGAGGCUCACUGUAGCAUUGCUGUAUAAUGUACGACUGAAAAUGUAAGACUUCCCACUCCCAUCUGAGAAGCUGGAGUGCAAUUCUGUAGAAUGCAGAACCCCGACACUGCUACAUGCUGCAAAAUGAUUGGGCGAUAUGUGCGGAGCUUGUUUAUCUCUCUCUCCUUAAUUAGCCACUAAAAGAUAGUAAGAUAAAUAUUCAAGGGGAGUCGCCCAUGACUUAAAAACAGUGGAUUGUUUUCUAAUAAAAUUACAGUUUUAAAUGCUUUUAAAACAUUGAUUUUGUCUGCAGAUAUUUUGCAAAUGCAACAAAUAAUUUCUGAGGCAUAAAUAAAAACUUUACUUAAAUGUC